AUGGCCACCGGAGACACAGCACUAUGGCUGCACAACAAGUUAGGAUCAACGGACGAUUUGUGGUCUGGGAAGACAAUAUGCGCUCAGCUGUCACAUCAAAAACUCCAGAGCAUUCACCAAUGUUUCCAUGCACUCCAGCCUCACGUCAAAGUCAAACUGAUGUUGUCAUUCCUUCAUAUCCAUCGCCGAAAUGUAGAACAGUGGCGGAUGGACAUGGAAGAAAUACUGCUUAUGGCUAUACAUGACACUGACCAAUGGGUGUCUAUGGUUGGGGAGAUCCUCAGACCUUUCCCUUCUACAGGAUCACUCAACCUUGACCUCAAUGAUAACAACGCAACCUUUACAGAGAUACUGUCGGAUCUCAAUAAAGUUGUGAAGAAAGCAGCAAGUGUGAGGAUGUUACCAAUGGAGUGCCAGUUUUUGAACAAGACUGCUUUCACAGCCGUGGCGGGGACUCAGCCGGCACCAGUCAAACAUUUUGCCUUGAAGAGAAAACCCAAGUCUGCCAUUCUUAGGGCUGAAUUAUUACAGAAAUCAUCAGAAGUAGCAUCUAACAAGAAGAACAAUGUCCCUAACAGUAUUCCAGUAAAGAUGCGAAGCUUUGCCAAGAAGAUGGAUGAUGGCACUCCCUUAAAAGCCAUGCCUGGACGUUCGACCAGCACUCCAGGAUUUAGGUCACCCUCAGCGGGACUCAACCGACUCAAUUCCUCUCCGAUGGGAGGUGGGACACCUUUGUCAUCACAUCGACCCAGUCCAUUGCGCAAGGAAGGUGGUAUCAAACUCCUGGAUUUGGAAGCACUCCCUGUUGGGGCAAGAGAAGCAAAAAGACGUAAAAAGAUGGCAGAUAUGGAGGAGAUGGAGACAAAGAAGAAAGAAAAGGAAGCAGUGGCAGCCACGGCAGCCACUACCACAACAACAACAGCUUCAUACACCCCAGACUACGCUGCUGGACUUGUGUCUGGUCCAACAUCAAAAAUUGCAGUUGUGUCUGUAGGGAGUACAAACAAUGUCACUACACCUACAGCAUCCUAUGUACCAGCUACAACAUCAAGGGUUCUCAACCCCUCAGUCACACCCUUCCAAGCCGCCUCUCUAUCUAGUUCUACACAACAGGCCCGUGAAAACCUCCAACAGCAACUACAGCAGCUUAACAAAUCCACACGACCAGGAGGGGGUACGAGUGACACACCCUCCUAUAACCCCUCAGAGCCUGCCCCCACCUCGGAUGCGACCACUCCCACAACACCUUCCACAUUUACCACAGUUCUCACCCCACAGCUGGUCCAGCCGGCUACCACCACCACGCCAACACAACCGACACCAGUCAUGCCCACGCCACAACCAGGACAGCAGCCAAAGAAGGGACUGUCACUCACGAGAGAACAAAUGUUGGAAGCACAAGAAAUGUUUAGAACCUCAAACAAAGUUACAAGACCAGAAAAAGCCUUAAUUCUUGGCUUCAUGGCAGGAUCAAGAGAAAAUCCGUGUCCUCAGCAGGGCAGUGUGUUAAGUAUACGUUUGAGUGAGAACAAAGAAAUGGUAUCACAAUUAGACUCUUCACAGAAAACCAUGAUUGCGGACACCUUUUUCCAAAUGAACUAUCAGACAGGAGAAUGGAAACGCAUAAAAAAAUACAGAGAGUGUGCCGAAUAAAAGUGUUAAACACUGUAGUCAUCUCGAGCAGUAUGUGGUGCAAUAUAUUGUAUCAUUUCAGUUUGUGAAUUUCUGUUGUCAGUUGUGACACAGUUGAGUUUGUGAAAUUCUGUUGUCAGAUAUGACAGUGUGGUAUUACUAAUCACAGGUAACAUUCAAAUGGUCAGAGUAUUUAUUAAAGAAAACAUUUGCUACAAUGUUAUAGUAUAUUUGUGAUUAAUCACAAUAAAAAUUGUAUGUUUUAAAAUUAUAUCAAUUUUUUUUUUGAAGAAAAAUUGGUAGAGUUUCUUGUUACUUGUUAACAUUUUUAUGUGAACUUUUUUUUUCAUUUUAAGAAAGUUUUAAAUAACUGAGAUUCUGUCUUUUUUUGUACAAUGGAGGUAUUUUGUCCAUCUCUGUUGCUAUAGAUAUUUGAAGAAUCUCAAAGUAACCCUUCUGUACUUGUUGGAUCAAGCUAUUCACAACAGAAUCACCAUCACCACAUAUUCCUUUACCAUGUUGAGAACUGGGACAGAGUGUGUGGUUUAAGUGUAGAGUGACUACAGCAGACAUCUAUAUAGGUGCCGUUUUGUCGUCAAUGACACCAUGUUGAUUAAUUACCUCCCCUUGUCCCGCCGCUGUCAAUUAAGUCGUUAUUUCGAUUUAAAAGUUUGCAGAAUCUGUCAUUCACUCAUUAAAAAUGCUACAGCGGAGAGUAUAAACUGAUUAUAAGUACAUAAUAUGGCACAUAUAGUAUAGAAAUAUAUCUUAAUUAACGACAAUAAAUCAGAAACUUAAGAACAUCCUAGAAUGUUAUUAUUAAAAGUGACAAUUACAUAUCAAAUUUAGUGAUGAAAUAAGGCAGAAUUUCUUUUUGAUGCAAUUAAUUAUUUACUGGUUGCAUAAAUUACACAUCUUUCAGUAAUGAUAAAGUA